AUGGUGGAUCCUGCCUGCCGCCCAGGAGCAUCUCACGCCUACGUGUGUCUCUUAACAAGAUCAAGAGUUAUCAUGAAGACAGAGAAAGCCAAGAUGGUGUUUGCUGGGGUCAAGCAGGUUAGGACAUGCGACAACACUGAUGUAAUAAAGGCUGAAUAUGCCACCAUUCAAAUCAGUGUGACGGUGUUUCACCCUGUGACACUAAUUACACUGUACGGGAAAGGCGGGGGCUGCGUCUAUGGAGGUACCACCUCAAAAACAGCAACCUGUAAAAAGUGGGAGAUUGGGCUGAACCCUGAGGUGCUACUGGACACACAGGCUGAGGAAAAAAACACCCUUGAAACCAAAAGUAACAGCGACUGCGCCGGCGUCCUGCGGGAGCCCGUGUCCCUGGGGCAGUGCGAGCACGUCUUCUGCCUAUCUUGCGUGAGUGACUGUGUUGGCACAGAAUGCCCAGUUUGCCACGUGCCAGCCUGGGUGCAAGAUGCUCAGAUAAACCGGCAACUAGAUAACAUGAUUCAGCUUUGCAGCAAACUGCGGCAUCUGCUGGGUGCGGACACCUCAGAUUCCACGGAAGAUAUGUCCACACCAGCAGACUCAGACUCUAGAAAAAAGAAUAAGAAGGAAGAGAUAAAAAUGUGGUUCAGCCCAAGAAGUAGGAAGAUUCGAUGCAUCCUGAACAAGAGUCAGCCUGAGACUAAAAGCCAUGACCUUUGUCAAGACACGUCUUCAAUUUAUGAUUUCUUUCCUUCCCCUCCUCAUGAAAAGCCCUCCAAGCCAACAGAAAAGCCAACACAGAGACAGAGUAAGAAGAUGAAGAAGAAAUGUCUAGCAGACAUUAACAAAGUGUGGAGCUUAGAGAAGCCUGAGCAACAAGGAGGAGUUGUGGAGAAGACUGAUAAGGAAAAGCGUGUGACCAUCUGCAGUCAACUGGUAGUCCUGUGCACUCCGGAACCAAAUAGCCCUGAAGAGACGCUUCAGGAGUCUAUAAAGGAAGCUGCCUCCAGCAAAACUGCAGAAAAUGUGGAAAUAUUGCCCCAGGUAAAAUCCUUAGAGAACAAAGGUAACAGUGAGGUUGCGUGUCCUGCGCAAGUCAGCAAGGAAAAAAGUUGUGCUACAGAGACAUCACUGUCAAUAGAAAAUGAAACUACACCUUUAAAACGUGGAAGGGAGCAAUCCAGACUUCCAGUUAAUUCUCUUUCUAAAAGACCAAGAAGAACUGAGAGGAGUAUUAUUGGGAAGUCAGGCAGGCAAGCAGAUUGCUUAGAGGAGUUACCUCAGGGUUGCCCCAUCUCUCCAGCGACUGAACACAAGACACCAGUUCAGAUUUCUUCCUCCGUAUUGAAAGUCACUGACACUGUAAUGAAGACGAGCAGCUCUGCAGUCUUUGAAGCAGUAGAUAGUUCUUCACUUUCAAAAUCUCCCUCUACACCGUCUACUUCUAAGAGUGGUAAUCAAGUAGGAAUAACACGCAGUCCUGUGUUGAAGUCCCCUGGUGGUAACACAAUUGCCAGACGAAAUUACAAAGGAGAGACUUUGCUCCAUGUUGCUUCCAUCAAGGGUGACUUAGCAGCUGUUGAAGAGCUGCUGAAAAAUGGAGCAGAUCCCAAUGUCAAAGAUAAUGCUGGCUGGACACCACUGCACGAGGCAUGUAAUCACGGGCACAAAGAAGUGGUGGAGCUGUUGCUACAAUACAAGGCGUUAGUGAAUACUACGGGGUAUCAGAAUGACUCUCCACUUCAUGACGCUGCCAAGAACGGGCAUGUGAGCAUUGUUGAGCUGCUGCUUUUGCAUGGUGCCUCCCGUGAUGCAGUUAAUAUAUUUGGUCUGCGGCCUGUAGACUAUGCAGAAAGUGAAAAGAUGAAGGCUGUGCUAAUGUUGCCAGUGAAGAAUGAAUCAUUUUCACUUAACCGACCCUCUGAGGCACUGAGUCCCAGCCAGCAAAGAGAUGGACCUCUUGUUAUACUAGGGAGCAGUCUUAGUUCGGAGCAACAGAAAUUGCUGAUCAAACUAGCAACAGUUCUGAAGGCUCGGAAGUGUACUGAAUUUAGCAGCAGAGUAACUCAUCUUGUUAUCCCUGAUGUUCCAAUGCCAAGUACUGUCAAAUGUAUGAUGGCUGUUCUGACUGGAUGUUGGGUCCUCAAAUUUGAAUGGGUACAAGCCUGUCUACGAACCGCAGUACGAGAACAAGAAGAGAAGUAUGAAAUCCAAGGUGGCCCACAGAGAGGCCGGCUCAACAGAGAACAGCUGCUACCAAAGUUGUUUGAUGGAUGCUACUUCUAUUUUUUGGGAUCUUUCAACCGUCACAAGAAGAGUGAUCUUGUGGAGUUGGUCAAAGCAGCAGGAGGACAAAUUCUGGCUAGGCAGCCAAAACCAGACAGUGAUGUGACGCAGACAAUCAACACGGUGGCUUACCAUGCAGAAUCUACUUCUGACCAGAGAUUUUGCACUCAGUAUGUAAUCUAUGAUGUGUCUUCUAAAUUCAAGCCAGAGAAAAUUCGUCAGGGCAAAGUCUGGAUGGCCCCCUCUAGCUGGCUCAUAGACUGUGUGAUGUCAUUUCAGCUCCUGCCUGUGAAAUGA